UUCAAUUUCAACCAUUAUUUUGCAUUGAAUGUUAUUCUUCUAAUUAAUAAUAAGAGAAUGAUUCUUUUCUUUAUAUUUAUGUCUUUGACUUCAUCAAUUGGCAAUCUUCCCCUUGAGUUGCUCUUCUACUCCAACAAAAAAUGACAUCCAACUUCAUGUUCAAUCAUUUGUCUUUGCUCUGUUUCGUACCACUGUUUCUCCGACACUCGAUCGCAGUCGACAUCUUAAAAGCAGGACAAUCCUUUAACGACACCCAAGUAAUUGUUUCAGCCGCCGAAAAGUUUGAAUUGGGAUUCUUCACUCAGCCCAAGUCCUCCAAUUUCAAGUAUUUAGGAAUAUGGUACAAAAGCAUUCCCGACGAUGUCGUUUGGGUGGCAAACAGAGACAACCCAAUUCUAAACUCUUCUGCCACUCUAAAAUUCAAUACAAAUGGAAACUUAGUUCUCGUCAAUCAAACAGCUCAGGCUUUUUGGUCUUCCAAUUCAACAGCAUCGCUUCUAAAUCCAAUCGCUCAACUACUAGAUACAGGUAAUUUCAUGCUGAGAGAUUCAAAUUCAAGAUCUGAAGAUUACGUGUGGCAAAGUUUUAAUUAUCCCUCUGAUACUCUGUUACCGGGAAUGAAACUCGGAUGGGACUCCAAAACAGGGCUUAAUCGAAAGUUAAUAUCAAGAAAAAGUCAAAACGAUCUGUCCUCUGGAGAACUCAGUUAUGAAGUCAACUUAGAAGGGCUUGCUGAACUUGUGGUUCGUAAAAGAAACAAGACGAUGUUUAGAGGAGGGCCAUGGUUUGGCGAUGGUUUUAAACGAGGUCGAUCCAAAGGAGGGAUUUUCAUCUAUAAUCCUUCAUUUGAGAUAUCAUUUUCAUAUAAUGCUCCAACUAAUGAUCCAUACAAAGUUGUAUUGGAUUCAAGUGGAUCUGUUAUAUUCUCUGUUUGGAGCAUAGAGGAAAACAGAUGGCGCACAACAUACACGUUCGAAGGAUCUGGCUGCGAAGACUACGAUUUAUGUGGGAAUUUUGGCCUUUGUAGCUCUGGUUUAGUUGCAAGCUGUGGUUGUUUAGAUGGGUUUGAACAGAAAUCAGCUCAAAAUUCUUCAGAUGGGUGUGUUAGAAAGGAUGAAAAAAUUUGUAGAAAAGGAGAGGGAUUUAGAAAGAUGAGUGAUGUGAAAUGGCCUGAUUCGACAGGGAACUUGGUGAAAUUGAAAGUGGGUAAUAAAAAUUGUGAGACAGAGUGUUUGAAUGAUUGUUCUUGUUUGGCUUAUGGCAUUCUUUCACUUCCUAAUAUUGGGCCUGCUUGUGCUGCAUGGUUCGACAAAUUGCUUGAUAUUAGAUUUGCUCGUGAUGUUGGAACCGGAGAUGAUCUAUUUUUGAGAGAGGCUGCCUCAGAAUUAGAACAGAGUGAAAGGAAGAGUAUAAUAGUUCCGGUGGUUGUGCCAAUCAUAUCAGUAUUAAUCUUCUUGGUUUUAAUCAGCUUUUUUAUCAUUAGAAAUGUAAGAAGAAGAGCUAAAGAUAAUGGAGUUACUAUCACUGAGGAUCUAAUUCAUGAGAGUGAACUUGAGAUGUCGAUUGCGAUAAUUGAAGCUGCAACGAACAAUUUCUCAACUUCUAAUAAGAUAGGGGAAGGAGGUUUUGGACCUGUUUAUAAGGGAAGACUCCCAUUUGGGGAAGAAAUUGCAGUAAAGAAGCUAGCAGAAAGAUCACGUCAAGGAUUGGAAGAGUUUAAAAAUGAGGUUCUUUUGAUUUCCCAACUUCAACAUCGAAAUCUUGUCAAACUUCUUGGUUUCUGCAUUCACAAGGAAGAAACAUUACUUAUUUAUGAAUACAUGCCCAAUAAAAGUUUGGACUACUUUCUUUUUGAUGACGGAAGACGUUCUUUACUCAAUUGGCAAAUGAGAAUUGAUAUCAUAGUCGGCAUAGCUCGAGGGCUUCUUUAUCUUCAUCGAGAUUCAAGACUUCGAAUCAUACAUAGAGAUCUUAAACCUGCCAAUAUUUUAUUGGAUAAGGAAAUGAAGCCAAAAAUUUCAGACUUUGGCACUGCACGCAUGUUUGGUGAAUAUCAAAUGGAAACAAAAACAAAAAGAGUUAUUGAAACCUAUGGUUAUAUGUCUCCACAAUAUGCAAUGGGUGGUUGCUUUUCAUUCAAAUCUGAUGUUUAUAGCUUCGGAGUUAUGAUUUUAGAGAUAGUUAGCGGCAAGAGGAACCAAGGGUUUUUUCUUCUCGGACAUGCAUGGAAACUAUGGAACGAAGGAAAGGCCUUGGAUUUAAUGGAUGGAGUGUUGAGUCGUGAUCAAUUUCAAGAAUGUAAAGCACUUAAAUAUAUAAAUAUUGGACUUUUAUGUGUUCAAGCACGUCCCGAGGAGAGACCAAUUAUGUCAUCUGUGAUCUCAAUGUUGGAAAAUGAUAACAUGCCAUUGAUUCAUCUAAAAGGACCUGGGUUCUACGAAGAAAGAUUUUUGUCUGAUAUCGACUCAUCAUUUUCUACGUCAAAUAAUGUUACUAUUACACUGUUAGAGGAUGGUCGCUAA